CCUACACCCCAACUACAAACUGCAAGCUAAAAUUACAAAUAGCCGAAUUCUGCGAAGUUGAAAUUCAUUCGUUUCUUAUUUAUAAAUAUGUGAGCAUCCUAGAUCUGCCUUAUUUGUUGACAUGUAUUUUAAAUUCGAUUCCGGCAAAUCUCAUAGUGUUUCAUCUUCAUUCAAACAACGUAGCUAAGCAGGUUCAAAAUAACCAGACCAUCGACGACGUCGCGAUGGCAAAUCCCCGGCAGUCAACACUGCUCAUUUAUCGGCAACAAGAUAAAAAGCAAAAAGUUCAGGAUCUGUUGUUCGAGGUAGCGAUCAAGUACGUCUGGAAGGGCCAUGUCAUUUUCUUUACGCUGGAACGAUUUGAAAGAUUCACGGAAAGUGCCCUGGCGCAGUUCAGCGAUAUGUUUAAGAACAUCAUCUUUUACUACGUUCAAUCGAUUGAUAAGCUGAUGGAGAAACUAGUUGACUUGCAGCGUUGGGAAAACUGUCUUCCGGCUAUGAUAAUAGUUGACUCGCUCGACUCGAUGACCACCACUGGUGAUUGUCCGGCAUCUGAGCAUGCUUUAGUAAUGGCUUUUCUAGCCGAUACCGCUAAGAUUCUUGCGACCAAGCUGAAAUCAGUUUGCAAAUGUAUUACUACAAUAAGUGAUGUCGCUUAUACUGAUUUCCCAGUCGAGAUGUACGUUAAAGAAUGCUAUGUUCUAAAUGAAGAGAAGUUAUCUGGAUUGUCGGAUAUAAUGUCUGUCUUAGCGGAAAUGACAUAUCAACAGUAAAUAAAUGAUCUUAUCUAUUGGGAUUGGACCUCACUAAAAGAUGGUUAAUUUUUAAAUA